AUGGCCAAUCUCACCACUGCAGCUCCGGUGAAGACAACAUUGGCGACCAUCUCUGCAUUACCCACUCCCUCUGGAGCUAUCUCAGUGCUGAAACCAGCGGUUGCCGCCUCUGGGUAUUGGAUGGCAGAUAUGCCGAAACAGGGUAUUGCAGCCUUCAAUUCCAAUCCAAAUGGCUAUAAGGUCUGGAGAAAUGUCAAGGACUAUGGUGCUAAAGGCGACGGCGCAACCGACGACAGUGCUGCUAUCAACGCUGCAAUCACUGAUGGAAAUCGCUGUGGACCUUGGGUCUGCCAAUCAGCUACUGACACUCCAGCCGUUGUCUACUUCCCUUCCGGUACCUACAUAAUCUCGCAAAAGAUUGUUCCUUAUUACUUCACCCAAAUCAUUGGUAACCCGAACAACCGCCCCGUUCUCAAAGCCACUGCUGGUUUUACUGCUCUUGGGGUGAUCGAUGCUAGUCCCUAUGGUAAUACCGGACAGCCAGGCUGGUUAUCUACCAACUUAUUUAUGCGUCAAAUUAGGAAUAUCGUGAUAGAUUUGACAGCCAUUGCUCCAGCAACAGCAGCGACGGGUAUCCACUGGCCGGCCGCUCAGGCAACGAGCUUGCAGAAUGUGAAGGUUAUCAUGACUCAAUCUGCGAGCUCACAACACCAAGGCAUUUUUAUUGAAAAUGGCUCCGCCGGCAUGGUGCUUGACAUUGAGACUGUCGGUGGGUUAUAUGGUCUUAAUAUUGGCAAUCAGCAAUUUACGAUGCGAAAUAUUAAGAUCUCUAAGGCUGUUACUGGGAUCUCACAGAUCUGGAACUGGGGUUGGACAUAUCAUGGUCUCACAAUUUCCGACUGCACUACGGCAUUUUCCAUGAAGAAUGGCGGCUCGAGCAAGCAAGAGGUCGGUUCAGUCACCAUCAUUGACAGUACUAUCACAAACUGUCCUACAUUUGUAGAGAUGGCGUGGUCGACGAGCGCAAAGCCCAUUGCUGCUGGACAGCUGAUCCUUGAGAACAUUGCUCUGAGCAACGUUCCUGUUGCUGUCAAGGGAGAAGGUGGAACUGUUCUGGCUGGUGGAUCCACUACAAUUGCCGCUUGGGGUCAAGGCAUCAAGUACACGCCCACAGGGCCGACAAAAUGGCAGGGCGCCUUCACGCCUGCAAAGCGACCUACGAAUUUGUUGAGUGGCAACAAGUUUUACACCAAGUCGAAGCCCCAGUAUGAGGACCUCGUUACUGAUUCUUUUAUCAGCGCUCGAGCCUCAGGUGCAAAAGGUGAUGGCAACACGGACGAUACCACUGCCGUUCAAAACGCCAUCAACAAUGCAGUCCAGGCUAAGAAAAUUCUCUUCUUCGACCAUGGAGUCUACAAGGUUACAAAGACAAUAUAUGUCCCGCCUGGUGCCCGGAUGGUUGGCGAGUCAUUCGCAGUCAUCAUGGCGUCCGGGAGCACCUGGUCAAGCAAGACGAAUCCAGUCCCCGUCAUCCAGAUCGGAAAGCCUGGUGAGAGUGGCAGUGUUGAAUGGUCUGACAUGGUCGUAUCUACCCAAGGCUCCACCCCUGGCGCGAAACUGAUUGAAUGGAAUCUUGCCGCUACCUUAGGCUCAGGUCUCUGGGACGUUCAUACCCGCAUCGGUGGUGCUAAAGGAACCAACCUACAAGUCACUCAAUGUCCAGUCGGGGCUGCGAUCAAGGACGACUGCAUGGCUGCUUACAUGUCUGUUCAUAUCACGAAGACGGGGUCUGGUGCUUAUUUAGAGAACAACUGGUUCUGGACCGCUGAUCAUGACCUCGACGAUGCCAAGAACAACAGCACCCAAAUCUCCAUUUACACUGGUCGAGGCCUUCUCGUCGAAGGCUCAAACGUUUGGCUUUGGAGUUCUGGCGUCGAGCACCAUUCCUUGUACCAGUAUCAGUUCGCCAAUGCCAAGGAUGUGUUCGCCGGGUUCAUUCAGACUGAGACGCCAUACUGGCAGCCCAACCCAGAUGCCAAAAACCAACCAUUCCCAUUGGCAAGCGCCCUGAGCGACCCAGAUUACAACUCUGCCUGCCAAGGAGCCUCAGGUAAUUGCGACACUUUAGGCCUGCGAAUCUUGGACUCUCAAAACGUCCUCAUCUACGGCGCUGGGCUGUACUCGUUCUUUAUCAACAACAACAGCGCUUGCAGCGGCGCAGAUAUCGCCAACGGCAAGCGGAUUUGCCAGACCCGGAUCUUCAGUGUCGAAGGCAAGUCAACUAAUGUGCUAAUCUAUGGCCUUAGUACCGUUGGCGUAGAGAAAUUGAUUACGAUUGAUGGUAACGACAAGGCAACCUGGUCGGAUACGCUCAGCGUUUACUCGGACACCAUUGGACUCUUUUCCUACAAUGUCUAA